AACCAGAGAGUACCUAGGGGGAAGUAACACAAACCAUCUGGCAACGCUGCCUUUCGGCCAGCUGCUUUCAUAGGAAUACGUGAGGUUAACUUGGCACGCGUCGUGUGGGAAUUCAACACGAUGUACGACGAUUACAAUGAUCAGUACGAUAGCUACGGCGACUACGGGCCAGUCGUGGAUACUCACACCGAUGAGUAUGACAGGGACGCAUACCGCCAGGUGCCCGAACUGGUCAGAAAAUUCCUGAUAUAUUUUCGGAACUGCAUAAACGAAGGAGUAAUAUUCGAGGUUCAAACCCUCUACGAGAAUUCCUUUCCAAAACUGUCUGAGCAGUUCUUCGACAAACAGUCGUGGCCUGACGAGACGGAUGUUGCCCACAUCGUCGACAAUGACCCAGUGUUCUUGGUCCUCUACAAGGAACUCUACUACCGGCACAUUUAUGCCAGAAUUCCGGGUGGUCCAACCCUGGAGCAGCGGUUUGGUUCUUUCUUCAAUUACUGCGAUCUUUUUAACUAUAUUCUCAGCGCAGAGACUCCUGUUCCAUUGGAACUCCCCGAUCAAUGGCUGUGGGAGCUGAUCGAUGAGUUUGUUUACCAGUUUCAGUGCUUUGCUCAGUACCGUGCCAGGCUGUUGAAAAAGACACCUGAGGAGAUAGAAAACUUGAAUGCGCAUAAUAACAUAUGGAGUGUACUUUGUAUUCUCAAUGUUUUACACUCGCUAGUUGAUAAAUCAAAGAUCAAGAGUCAGCUUGAGGUCUACGCCAGUGGUGGAGACCCUGAUUCCGUUGCUGGGAGUUUUGGCAGACACUCCCUGUAUAAAAUGCUUGGAUAUUUCUCGCUGGUAGGUCUCCUUCGGCUCCACUCUUUGCUUGGAGAUUACUAUCAGGCUAUAAAAGUUCUUGAGAAUGUGGAACUUUACAAGAAAAGUGCGUAUUCGCACGUCCCAGCCUGCCAGAUUUCUACAGCCUACUAUGUCGGCUUUGCUUACAUGAUGAUGCGCCGGUACGCUGAUGCCAUAAGGACCUUCUCGAGCAUCCUACUUUAUAUUCAGCGCACUAAGCAACUCUUCACAUCAAGAAGCUACCAAAAUGAUCAAAUAAACAAACAGACUGAGCAGAUGUACCACCUCCUUGCAAUCUGUCUAGUUCUUCACCCUCAAUGCAUCGAUGAGGUUCUACAACAGGCUCUGCGUGAAAAGAAUUACCAUGAAAAAAUGUACAAGAUGCAGUACGGCGAUCUCGCUGAAUUUGAAGCCUGCUUUCUCUACGCAUGUCCCAAGUUUUUGUCUCCUUGUCCGCCGCCACCUGAUGCUCCCAAUGAGGAUUACGUCAAAGAAGCUAUCAAGCAUCAGACCCAAGUAUUCAUGGACGAAGUUGCUCAGCAGAAAAUGUUGCCCACAAUUAGGUCCUACUUGAAGCUGUAUACUACACUUCCUCUUAGUAAACUUGCCACCUUUAUGUGCAGUAGUACAAGGCCCGAUGGGUCUUGGGACUUGGAUAAAGAGGUUGCCACAUUGGGCAUUUAUUUGCUUUGCUUCAAGCAUAAAAUGAAAAACAUUGUUUGGACUAAAGGCUCUUCGGGAUUGGAUGGAAAGUUUCAGUCUGGUUCUGAGCUGGACUUCUACAUUGAUCAUGAUAUGAUCCACAUCGCUGACACCAAGGUGGCGCAUCGUUACGGUGACUUCUUUAUCCGUAAGAUAUUAAAGUUCGAGGAACUUAAUCGCAAACUACAUAAAAUAAAGAUCUAAUAUGUGGGAAUGUGAAUUUGCAAUUAUGAUUAAUUUGUGUACACCCAAAUUUUGGAGAAUAAAUUAAUGAAACGUAAAAAUAAA